AUUCAAAGAGAGGCGUCCGCCAGCGGCGUCCUCGCCGUCACGACCGGCUCCGCCUCUUCGCUCCAUUCAUUCGUUUUUGUUUUUUUUUCCCCUUUCCAUUCACCGAGGUAGUGAGGCCUAGUCUCGAGCCAUGGAGCGCGCUCUCCCGGCGGCCGGCUUUCUCUACUGGGUGGGCGCGAGCACCGUGGCCUACCUGGCCCUGCGGGCCUCGUACUCGCUCUUCAGGACCUUCCAGGUGUGGUGCGUGGGCAACGAGGGCUGGGUCGGCCCGCGGCUCGGAGAAUGGGCAGUUGUUACAGGUGGCACUGAUGGAAUUGGAAAAUCGUAUGCAGAAGAGUUAGCAAAGCGUGGAAUGAAGAUUGUCCUAAUCAGCAGGUCCCAGGAUAAACUGGACCAGGUCUCCAGCGCAAUCAAAGAAAAAUUCAAAGUGGAAACAAGAACCAUUGCUGUUGACUUUACAUUGGAUGAUAUUUAUGAUAAAAUUAAGACAGGCCUGGCUGGUCUUGAAAUUGGCGUUUUAGUGAACAAUGUGGGCAUGUCAUACGAGUAUCCAGAAUACUUUUUGGAAAUUCCUGACUUGGACAAUACCAUCAAGAAACUGAUAAAUAUUAAUGUUCUUUCUGUUUGCAAGGUGACACGCUUGGUGCUGCCUGGCAUGGUAGAAAGAUCUAAAGGGGUGAUUCUCAACAUCUCAUCUGCCAGUGGCAUGCUCCCGGUUCCACUGUUGACCAUCUACUCUGCAACCAAGGCUUUUGUAGAUUUCUUCUCUCAGUGCCUCCAUGAGGAGUAUAAGAGCAAGGGCAUCUUUGUGCAGAGUGUCCUGCCAUACUUUGUAGCUACAAAACUGGCAAAAAUACGGAAGCCAACUUUGGAUAAGCCCGCUGCAGAGACGUUUGUGAAGUCUGCAAUUAGAACAGUAGGUUUGCAGUCCCGAACCACUGGAUAUAUGAUCCAUGCUCUCAUGGGUUCAAUAAACUCAAUCUUGCCUCGUUGGAUUUAUUUUAAAAUAACCAUGGGUUUCAACAAGUCCUUGCGGACUCGCUAUCUGAAGAAAACUAAGAAGAACUAAGUGUUGAUGAGUCAGUGAGCUGCUUGGCCAGAUGCCUGGACCUGUACGCGUUCACCCAGGGUACCAGCCUGUCCCCAGAAUCUCCACUGUUGUCUCAGUAAUUACUAACACGGCCAAAUGUUGGCAUAACUGUAGGAAAAAAAACAAACAAACAAAAACAAAAACAAAAACA